ACCAUCAAUGUUUUCCAUCUCACAAAACACAAUAUAUAUCCAUUGCUCACGCAUGGCUCCAUAAUCUUGGAUAGUCGGCCGCGUGGUUCGGUUUGUACAUGCCUCCUUUUGGGGUUUCGACUAAGUUUUGUGGUAUUCCGAAGGUGAAGCUAGCUCUUACUUGUGUUUGCCCGCAAGUAUUUGCAGCAGCAGUAAUAAGCGUGCCGCAGGCCCAGCUUGCUCUCUGCUAGUGUUUGCGCGCAGCAUGUCGCAGAAGACGCGAGGCCGCUACAGGCGGUACUUGGAACCGAACUCAACUGAUCAAGUACCAAAGCAGACCCUCAGCAGCAUUGCCAAGCGAGCGAAAACACGCAGCGCUAGCAAGGUUGUUGCACCAAACAAGCAGGCAGCGACCAUUGUUUGUGCAAAGGACUCUCCAGUUCAUCGGACAGCCAGUGUUUCUGAAGAUGCAUCUCGGGAUGGCAACCUGAGCAUGUUACCAGACAUGGCUGCUAGCUGCCUUGAUGAUGAACCGCCAAUGCCUUAUGCCAGCAACACAUGUGAAAGAGACGAGAGAGACGAAGAUGAAUGCUCUGUUCCUGCUCCCAGUGUUGCCAUGCAGGAUGUCGGCUCUGAAACCGAAGAAGAGGCCGACCAUACACAGGUGCAACAUGACAGCGAAGGUGACAGUGCAGCCGAAGAUUGUGACACGGAACAGUUCGGUUUGGAUGAUGCCCCUGAGCAGUACUUCUUGAAACUCUCAAAGGAAACGCUCCCUUCGCAGUCGACGACAAAGGCAGAGGCACUGUUGCUCAUCUUAGCUUAUGUUGUCAGUGCUGGACUGACGUGGGCUCAAAUUAGAGGUCUGCUAAUUUUGAUAAAUGCCCUGUUAGGAAGCAAUGUAGUGCCUGGAAGCACAUAUUUCUUCCGAAAGCUCUGGAAAGACAAGAAAGAACUGAUAAAGCUACAUUUUUUUUGUCACACUUGUCAUGAAUAUUUGGGGAAGUUCUCAAGAUCUGAAGAAAAUGUGUCGGUGACUUGUCAGUCAUGUGGCAUGGAGAAGACGCUUCAGAGCCUGAAGCAUUCUGGGAGUUUCUUCUUGAUGUUUGAUAUGAGGCAGCGGAUGCUAGAUAUAUUGAAGAAUGUUGGUGGUGCACUGCUUCAAAACUUGCAGUUGCUGGCAUCGCGACGCUUUAUACCAGGAACAUACAGUGACAUCACUGACGGUGAUUUGUAUAGAAGCAUAAGGAAACAGUUUAAUAUGAGUUGGUCAGAUUUGACACUGUGCUUCAAUACAGAUGGUGCACCAGUUUUUGAAUCGAGCAAAUAUUCAAUUUGGCCAAUUCAAAUUCUUUUGAACGAGCUUCCUGCUCAAGUCCGGUGGCAAAAUAUAGCAAUUGGUGCUCUGUGGUUUUCAAAAGUUCACCCUCCAAUGCAUCUUUUCAUUGGCAAAUUUGUUGAAGAGCUUGCCAAUAUUGGAACUCUUACAUGGUCCCAUGGUGGAAGACGAAUCAAAUCAGCGGUCCAUGCAGUUACUUGCUGUGUUGAUUCGCCAGCUAGAGCUGCAGUUCUGAACAUGAAGCAAUUCAACGGCUACUUUGGCUGUAGUUGGUGUUUGGAGAGAGGCACAGCUGUAGAAGGAACACUGAAGUACUUGUGCCAUGCAGAGCCAGCCCCAGAAAGGACGCAUGAAGGUGUUUUCAAGGCGAUGCUUCAAGCUGUACACCAGAGAACUACAGUCGCUGUGUGACGGAUCUUGGAAUCGGGGCCGAGGUGCACCAGGCAGGUGUAUGCUGACGGCAAGGGUCCAGCAAGGGCUGAUGUUGAGGACCGUGUCAUCCAUUGGUGCUCUGAUGGCACUGGCAUAGUACAGCAAAAGCUGGUGUCUGCACGAUCAGUCGCAGCUGAUUCAUGCUAUUUCACAAGCUUAGCUGCAGGAACAAUGCAAAGGACAGGUGGAGGUGGCUGGUGCGAGAAGCCGUCGGGAGUGGUGUCUUGGUGUGGUAAUCUCGGUGUAUCUGCAGUAUCAAUGUCUCAUGAGGGAUUCCGAUAGCUGUCAUUGCUUAAUUUAUUAAGAGCAGGUUUACUUGCUGCUGGGGACAUGAAUAUAGAGUACACGAAUUUGGCGGCAGCAGUGAUACCAGAAAAAGCGGCAGUUGUGUAGGACUUGCAGCUGCAGCAUGGUGGCGUGGUGCCUUACUCAUGCUGAGGUAGAAUUGACACUCAAGCUGAAUGAAUACAUGGCAAGGCUACAUCUGUGAAACUUUUGCAGUUCAGGCAUCUGUGGGGAUCAAGAGCACUGCUCUUCAGAAGACGGUCUACUUGCUCCUGCUUGCUAGGAGAAUUCCUAUGACAACAAAGUUGGGGCGGUGGUGGUGGUUGCUCGAAGUGGUCCUUGGACUGUCAUGUAGAGAAAGUGUGCCUGGUAGAGUGAGUGGUAAAGCCUCGGAAAUGGUUGUGAGAGGUCACCAGAUACAACAGGUUGGGAUGAGAGCCCGUGGCAGUGUGUAAGGAAGAAGUGGGAUUUGUAAAGAAGCGGACAGGAUUUGUGGUUGGCUCAGUUUUCUUUUGUGGGAACAGCAGGUGUGCGGACUUAUCUGAGCUGGUGUGACAACUCAUGGGAUGAAGAGAGGUUGAAGGUCUGGACUGGCAUGUGAUAACAUUCAGCAUGGGUGAACAUGGGUAAGCAUUGUGAAGAUAUGCAAUGAGGCCACUGGUCAUGGGGUGAAAGUGGUCAUGACAGCGUGCUGGGAGGAAGACGAAGUAUAGUAGCCGAUUACGCUGUGCCGCAGGUUCUUACAGAUGUUUGGCACAGGAGGUGCCAUUCACAGUUCCACAAUUCGGCCCUCUGAAAGCUCCCGUAAUGCAUGGUGGUAAUGCAGCAGUAAGUCAGUCACAUUGUUAGUGAAAUGGCUGUCCGGCUGGCUAAACCAGAGGGCUCGUUAGGCGAUGCAGAACUCCAGGAGGCCGUGGAGCUGUGGGAAGUCGGCUGGUACAAAAAGGCUGCCGUCGCACUCGCUCUAAGUAGCUGUGCUUGUGCUUGCAUGGUUGGCUCGGUUGCCUGAAGUCGCCAUUCCGUGAAGGUGGUUGGGGAGAGGUAGCAGUCAGGUGCAACUGUUCAUUGAAUUGACCAGCCAUGGCACCAAUAGUUUGUGAGAGUGGUUGGUAAGCUCUGCUGCCUAGGCAGAACGUGCUAAUGUGUUCUAUUCAUGUGCAAAUCUGCAUGUGGCAUUCUCCUUCCUCAGUAGAGCUGUAGCCGAUUGGUGCACCUCUACGAUCCAAACCCAAGCUUGUGUGUUUAUUUGCUUUCGUGAAGUACCUAAUAAAAUGAAUGCCCCUCAACAUGCUCAGCAGCAACUUUUGUACAUUGAGGCAUUCAUAGUUAUAGGCACAGCCCCUUGAGAACCAUGAGUGAUACUUGUGAUUUUGAUGUAAAAAAAAAGUGCUUACUUAGAGACAAGCAUGGUGAGAAAAUUUAAGAAUGAUAUCACUACAUGCACAUUAUCUGACAAAGGAUAAGUGACAUAUACCUACACAUUGGUGCAUUUUCUUGUCGGCUUCACUGUUGGGUCGCACAGUUAUGAUAAUGUUGCACAGUUAUGCAAGUUUGUUUAUUCACGUUGCCCCUAAAGGCCCUCCAGGAGAGGGUAUUACAUAGGCGGGGGUGGGGGGUACCCUUGCAAAUACUCUUGCAUCCCCAUUUAUGACACUACCACUGAGAGCUAGCUUACAUGUUGUAUUAUCUGCGGUGUUUGUUUGCGUAGUGCUUGGUCUAACUGAUGUGGAUUUUAAAUAGGCUAUGUUGCUCAUUUUUUAGACGUUUUUAAGAAAAUUGCUUUGUCACCUCUAAGCAACUGUUUUGUCAAUGUAUCUUGUCACCUCAUGGCAGUUGUUUAGCCCAUGCUUUGUUGAUGUACAUCUGUGCAUAAUUUUUAUUCACCAAUAAAAAGUGAAAUUUUCUGGA